AAAACACAAGAGUUGAAUUGAGAGAGAUUGGGAGAGAGAGAGCUGUAAAACACAAGCGUUGAAUUGAGAGAGAGAGAGAGAGAGAGAGAGAGAGAGAGAGAGAGAGAGAGAGAGAGAAUAUGGAGAAUGGGGGCCAUCAUGGAGCAGCAAUCAAGGGAGGUGGAAAUGUUUCGCGGGAAGAAAUUGAAUCCAAGUGCGAUAGAGCAGUAGUGGAGAAAUAUUUCAAUUGGAAUGAUCUCCAUGUGGCCGCAUUAAACGGGCAAACAGCGUUUUUCCAAAUCCGGUUGCCGCUCAAUCCCAACCUCUGCGAAACUCUAGAUUCGCAUAAACGAUCGCCCCUUCACUUGGCAUCGGCUAAUGGACAUGUUCCAAUCGUAAAAUUAUUAGCAGAGGCGAACCCAAAGAUGUGCUUGGCUUGUGAUCGAGACGGUUUAAACCCUCUCCACACUGCAGCCGUUGCGGGCCAGGUCGAUGUCUUGGAUGCGUUGUUUGAAGCUAACCCAUGUGCUGCUCGAGCUAGGGUGGACAAAGGAGAGAGAGAUACAAUUUUACAUCUAUGCGUGAAAUAUGAUCGGUUGAACUUUCUGGAAGAGCUGCUGGAGAAAUGUUUUAAAGGUGAGGAGUUUGUCAAUGCCACGGAUCAUGCUGGGAACACCAUAUUACACAUUGCCGUUGCCAAUAAAAAAUUUGAGAUUAUCAAGAAGAUCCUCGAGAACUCUAAGAUAGAUACAAGGGCAACAAAUGCAAGCGGUCAAACGGCGAGGGAUAUUCUACUUCUUGGACGAGGCAAAAGAACAAAGCCAGAACAAUGGGAAGGUGACAUUGAAAAACACCUUCGAAAACAUCACAUUCACAGAGGAAAUUAUAUCAACCACUAUGAGUGGAUCGAACAGAAAAGAAAAUCACUAACAAUUGUCGCUAUACUAAUGGCAACAAUAGCAUUCCAAGCUGGGGUGAACCCUCCGGGCGGUGUUUGGCUAGAGAAUGUAGAUGGAGUUGACGGACACAGAGCUGGAGAAGCUGUGAUGGCUUACAAUCAUCCAACUGCGUACCCCUACUUCAUCCGUGGGAACACCAUUGGAUUUGUGGCCUCGCUGAUAACAAUCACUUGUCUCAUCAGCGGAGUGCCUUUCAGGAAACGAUGUCUUUUGGUGAUGUUGGUGGUGGUUAUGUGCGUAUCGAUCACGUGUAUGGCAUUCACGUACGCAUGUGCUAUUCUUUUGUUCACACCGAAAGCAAAAAGGGAAUCCGUCGAUCAUAAUAUUGUAGUUGCAGUCGUAGUAUGGUUCGGCUUGCAGGCGAUUCUUCUCAUAGUGCACGGAAGUCGUUUGAUAGCAGCUGAGAACAGAGAAAUGGUCUCGGAGAUGAUUUGCCGUUGGAAAGAAAAAGUCGUGGAGAUGAUUCCCGAUUUUUCCUGCAUUAAAUCACACGGCGGAGGAGAACAAUCGCGAAUUCCGACCCGAGUCGCAUCAACCGAGGCUAUUGUUUGAUUUUGUGUGUUUGUCGUGUUUAUUUACUAUUUCAUUCUUUCAUUUGAUCGAUUAAAACAGUUGUGCCCAAAUGCAAGGUUUGCAAGAAAUAAAAUUGAAUUGUACGUGCGUA